UAUGAAAAAAUAUAUAAUAUAAACAUGUAUACUAAGGUGUAACGAUCAGUCUCACUGCGAGUCUAGUUUAAAAAAAUAUUGUUCAGUUGCACUCUCAGUGAAAUAUCUCCGACUACCUGCUAGUCGACUGUAUAAACAAAGUACAUAAAAGAGUAAUUUUUUUGAAAAUUAUCAAACAAAAAAAAUGGCUACUUCAAUGGAUCGCAUGUGGAUUGCUACUAAAGAUAUAACGUAUGAAAACGCUAAAAAAGACGCAUACUUCGAAUGGGUCGAAGAUUGUGAGAUAUCUUUAAAUAAACUUACAGCGCAAAUUUUCGACGACUUGGGUAUGGACGAUGAAGUGUCUUUAAAUGUCGGUCUCGAAAGAAUCGAUACCUUUCAAGAAUUUAAAAAAAACCAAAUAGCCGCAUUCGCCAAAAAGGUCGUUUCCACAGACUUUGCAAGUGAUAAAGCCAAGCAAGUGGCCGCCGACUGGGCGGAUACAAUGGAACAAAUGUCCUCAAUAAAAUACCACACCAUAGACGGUGCGAGCGCUGCAAAACUUCGAUGGGCUUUCGAAACUCUUCUGAAAUACUUCAUUACGGGCUCGACGUGCUUAGCUAACCAGGACGACAAGGCAGAACACAAAAUAGCCGUUUCGGAAUUCGCUAAAGAUCUGAUGCAAAGUCUACUACAUACUCUCCAGGUCCUUAAAAACGACAUCGAAGCUCUCAAAAAACAGUAAAUUCAAUAUGAAAGCAUUAAUAUUAUAUUACGGAUAAUAUAAUAAAUCAACUAUACAUGGUGCACCACCACAGCGUUCCAACAACAUUUUAUACAUGUCAGAAUUCAGAGUUGAAUGUAUAAUAAAUAUUUUUUGUUGUUAUUUCAAAUAUGUUUUAAUUUUCAAACGAAUAAAAAUGUAUGGAAAUAUUUUAAAGUGACCUGUACUAACUAUUAUGUGAAAUUACAAAUACUGUUUUUGUGUUGUAAAA